UGUCCUGCUCCUCCUCGCGGCAGCAAUACCUGCAGCUGCAGGCCACCACCAACCACGCCACGCCGUUCCCAUAUAGCCAUCACUCACCCCAAGACAUCUUGGGAGCUAGUGUUGUUGGGACACACACCAUAUCAGUGGCACUUGCUCUCCUUCUCUCUCUCUCUCUGCAGCAGAUCGAGAGUGAAGAGUAGAAGGCAAUGGCGACUUCCUUCCAGGGAACCACCACCAAGUGCAACGCCUGCGACAAGACGGUGUACCUCGUCGACAAGCUCACCGCCGACAACCGCGUCUACCACAAGGCCUGCUUCAGGUGCCACCACUGCAAGGGCACCCUCAAGCUUGCCAACUACAACUCGUUCGAAGGAGUGCUCUACUGCAGGCCUCACUUUGAUCAGCUCUUCAAGAGGACUGGGAGCUUGGACAAGAGCUUUGAAGGAACUCCAAAGGUUGUCAAGCCAGAAAGAAAUGUUGAGAAUGAGAAUGCUAUUAAAGUCUCGAGCUCAUUUGCUGGCACCAGAGAGAAGUGUUUUGGAUGCAGCAAGACAGUCUACCCAAUUGAGAGGGUUACUGUCAAUAACACCAUGUACCACAAGAGCUGCUUCAAAUGCAGCCAUGGAGGGUGCACCAUCAGCCCUUCAAAUUACAUCGCACACGAGGGCAAGCUCUUCUGCAGGCACCAUCAUACUCAGCUGAUCAAGGAGAAGGGGAAUUUCAGCCAGCUCGAGAACGACCACGAGAAGUCAUCUCAAAGUGCAGGGUCAGUGGAUGAUGAAGAAUCAGAGUAUUAAUCGUUGGGAAUGUUCAGAUAUUUCGAAAUAAUGAGUCUUCUUGCGGUUGCUCCAGAGCAGUAUAUCUUUCUGUUGCGGAACUUUUCAGUUUUUUCCAACCCGAUCAUGUGCAUUCAGAGGACAAUUAUAUGAUUGUCUUGUACGCAUGUAAACCUUGUUAUGUUUGAGUGGAGAUACAAUCCACUACUUGCAAGACGUCUCUGCAUAAGUUCAUAUA